CAUUGCGUCGCCGCGCUGCCCCAGCAGGAAGUGAAAGGCGCUGGGAGUCAGCUGCACAAGGGCUGGUGCAUGCAGGCACGCUCAAGAUGGAUGCCAAAAUGGUUGUUGACCUCCUUUACUGGCGAGACAUUAAGAAGACAGGAGUGGUGUUUGGUGCCAGCUUGUUCCUGCUGCUCUCAUUAACAGUGUUCAGCAUCGUGAGCGUGACAGCUUACAUUGCCUUGGCCCUGCUUUCUGUGACCAUCAGCUUUAGGAUAUACAAGGGAGUUAUCCAGGCAAUCCAAAAGUCCGAUGAAGGCCACCCGUUUAGGGCUUACUUGGAGUCUGAUGUAGCUGUGUCUGAAGAGCUGAUUCAGAAAUACAGCAAUGUUGUGCUUGGUCACGUCAACGGCACAGUCAAGGAGCUGAGACGCCUCUUCCUUGUUGAUGACUUGGUUGAUUCUCUGAAGUUUGCAGUGUUGAUGUGGGUGUUCACUUAUGUUGGUGCCUUGUUCAAUGGUCUGACAUUACUGAUACUGGCUUUGAUUUCGCUCUUCAGUGUUCCUGUUAUUUAUGAGAGACAUCAGGCCCAGAUUGACCAUUAUUUGGGACUAGUGAACAAGAAUGUCAAGGAUGCGAUGGCAAAGAUCCAAGCAAAGAUCCCUGGGCUGAAGCGCAAAACUGAGUAAAAAGCCUGAAGCAACUUAUGGAUAGGAAGUUCAGCUUUUAAGGGGGAAAAUACUCAUUUGGAUUUACAUGGGGAGGGUCAGGGAAUAGCGAAACCCUUGACAUUGCAGUGCAAUUUCACAGAUCUUUAUUUUUUAGCAACGCAGUGUUUGAGGAAAAAUAACUGUUUUGACUGCCAUGUGUUUCAUCAUCUUAAGUAUUGUAAGCUGCUAUGUAUGGAUUUAAAACUAAUCAUCUUUCUUUAUCCUGUGUGCAGCACUGGCUAAUACAAAAGAUUUGAGAAAGCUGUACAUUUUGCUUAUCAGAGGUAGGCGCUGCUGCGUUCCAGAAGAGGUAGUGCAGGUGGAGCAGAGGAGAACACUUCCCAGUUUGUGCACUGUGUAUGGUCUGUGUAGAUUGAUGCAGAUUUUCUAAAAUGAGAUGUUUUAGAAGAAUAUACCAUUUUAGCAAGUUUUGAAAAAUCUUGCCUUUUUGGUAUGAGUAUAGCUGUAUUGUGAUUUUAUUGUUUUAUCAAUUGCCAAUAUAUAUAUAUAUAUAUAUAUAUGUGUUUCACAAAGCUUAGAUCUUUCAGCUGCUCCACAGUGCUUCGUACGUCAGAGAACUGACUGAUUCUGGACUAGCUCCAUAGCACACAAGCUUGAGAAACUAAAACGUCUCUGUAAACACUAGCAUCUGUUUAAAAGAAGCAAAAAAAGAGUAAUGAACAAAGGAACCUCCACGUAAAUUAAAAUUACAGCAUACACUUGGUUGCGCAAACGUACAGUAGUUAAUUUUGAGCAAAUAAUUCUACAGUCUCUCAAACUCUGAACAUGUGUGGACUGAAUAUCUAAUGCUGCAAAUGUUGUUUGGGAACUUAAAACCUUGUUAUGCAAGAAAUGGUAAAUGAAAAUAUAAACACUUGCAGUUUAAGCUGUAUUGAACUAAGUCUGUGGAAUGCAUUGUGAAAUGUAAAAAAAAAAAAAAACCCAACAAAAAUCAACAAAAAAGACAAAAAAAAAAAAACCAACCCCAAACAAAAAACCCAAGUAUCAAUAAAGCUUAUAGACUUAAAAUAAUACCGGUAUUUUGCUUUCUUGAGGUAAGUUUAAUAUAUUUGUGUUUACUUUAAGUUCCUCGUGAUUAAAUAUCCAUUGUACAUGGUGGUAGAAAUAGUUUGUCAGAUUUCUAGCAGUGUGAGUAGGUGGAGUUUUCAUGGUACCUUUUCUUUCCGUCUGUGCAGCAUGAAGCAGUUUGCUCACAGAGCAGCAGGAGGCCCUGCAUUACCACCCCCAGUCGGUCCUGAGCUGUCACUGAACCUUAGGGAGGCGAAAUGUGAGUCUGCUAAAAGAGUUUCAGGGUCCUUGGCUGCUUGUAUUGCAGAAGAGAGAAUGCAGCCAGGUACUUGUCCAAGGGGAACUGUCAAGCAAGUCAGUCCAGUAUUUUUUCAGAUGUUUGGUUUGUUUUUGGUGUCUGAGUCAAAGAGCUGGACAUUGAAAACUGGUAUCCAAAUUUAUUAGAGACACAGAUGUUAAAUGAAUGGCAUUUUGACCAUUGAAAAAUAAAUUCAUGCACUAAUGUAUUAAUUUACAGUAUAAUACAUCCUCACUUCUGAACAUUUUACAGAUAAAGCCAAACGAUAUAAACAUAGAAAUUUGCAAGUGCUUUCCUGACAGAUGCUAUUGCUGUAAGGUAUUGGUAGCAUUGCUGUCGAUAGCUCCUGCUGCUGCACAGCUGCUUUUGGUCAGGAUACAAUCAGUGUGAAAGGCAAACAUGACAACAUAGGCCAAGAAGGUGCUCACUGACAUCACCACCCAACGGGAUUACACGAUUUGAUCAAGAAGGAUUCCUUAAAAACAAAACAAAA